GGGGUUAGAACGUCGGGAGGCGGGAGAGGUGGAGGGGCUGCCGAGGGGCGUCCGGUUACAUCUCCGCCUUCCUCAGUUUCGGGCGGCCGAGCCGCGGGGUUUGCGGGACAGCAGCUGGGGACCAUGUUGACCGCAAUCCGCCGGAGCGGGGCAGCGUGGACGCGGGCUCUGCUGUUGCAGAUGCUGCUGGCGGGGCCCGGGAGCUGUUUAAGCCGCCAGGGGCUCUUUCCCUUCGGCCCCGAAGUAGGGGACGUGGAGCUGGAGGCCGGGGACGACCAGGUCUCCCCUGCCCUAGAGCUGAGCGGGGCGCUCCAAUUAUUCGGCAAAUCCGACAUCUACUCGAUCUACGUCACCACAAAUGGCAUCAUUGCCAUGAGUGAACCCCCAGCUGAAGAAGCCCAUCCUGGACUCUUCCCACCAACCUUUGGAAUGGUGGCUCCUUUCCUGGCUGACUUGGACACAACAGAUGGCAUCGGGAAGGUUUAUUAUCGAGAAGACUCAUCCCCCUCCGUCACUCAAUUAGCAGCCAAAUAUGUGCAGAAAGGGUUCCCAGAAGUCUCUUUCCAUCCCACAAGUGUGGUGGUUGUCACUUGGGAAUCUGUGUCUCCCUACCAAGGCCCCAGCAAGGACCCUGCCCUGGAAGGCAAGAGAAACACAUUCCAGGCGGUUCUGGCCUCCUUUGAUUCCAGGUCCUACGCCAUUUUCCUCUAUCCCGAAGAUGGUCUGCAGUUCUCUACAACCUUCUCAAAGAAAGACAAGGAGCAAGUGCCUGCUAUGGUUGCCUUCAGCCAGGGUUUAGUGGGACUCCUUUGGAAGAGCAACGGAGCUUUUUAUAUAUUUGCUGAUGACAGAGAAUCAGUCGGAAAUUUGGCCAAGAGCAGCAACUUUGGGCAGCAGGGCGUCUGGGUGUUUGAGAUUGGGAGUCCCACCGCAGACAGUGUCGUGGUGCCCUCAUAUGUGAGCCUUGGACUGGAUUACCGUGAAGAGUAUGAUGAUGAAGAUUAUGACACGGCGACACGCCUGGGCCUGGAAGAUGAGGCCACCACAUCCUUCCCCUUUGAGGUUCGACAACGGGGAGACACUGACACAUACAAGGCACCCAGUGUCCUCGCCCCACGCCGCCUGGAUAUCGAGGACCCCCCUGGACUUCCCACAGAGAGAACCAGGUCUUUCCAGUUGCCGGCGGAGAGGUUUUCCCAGCAGCACCCACAGGUCAUAGAUGUGGAUGAAGUUGAGGAAACGGGAGUUGUUUUCAGCUACAACACGGAUUCCCGCCAGACUUGUGCCAACAACAGACACCAGUGCUCCGUGCAUGCAGAGUGCAGGGAUUUCACCUCAGGCUUCUGUUGCAGCUGUGUUACUGGCUAUACGGGGAAUGGCCGACAAUGUGUUGCGGAAGGUACUCCUCAGAGAGUUAAUGGCAAGGUGAAAGGAAGGAUCUUUGUGGGGAACAGCCAGGUCCCCAUUUUCUUUGAGAACACUGACCUGCAUUCUUAUGUGGUGAUGAACCAUGGGCGCUCCUACACAGCCAUCAGCACCAUUCCCGAGACCGUGGGGUAUUCUCUGCUUCCUCUGGCCCCUGUUGGAGGCAUCAUUGGGUGGAUGUUUGCAGUGGAACAGGACGGAUUCAAGAAUGGGUUCAGCAUCACAGGGGGCGAGUUCACUCGCCAGGCCGAGGUGACUUUCGUGGGGCACCCAGACAAGCUGGUCAUUAAGCAGCGGUUCAGCGGCAUCGACGAGCACGGACAUCUGACCAUCGACACUGAGCUGGAAGGCCGUGUGCCACAGAUAGCCUUUGGCUCCUCCGUGCACAUCGAGCCCUACACCGAGCUCUACCACUACUCCCCCGGGGUGAUCACAUCCUCCUCCACCCGGGAGUACACGGUCACAGAGCCCGAGAGAGGCGGUGCCUCCUCUUCAAAUGUCCACACUUACCAGUGGCGCCAGACGAUCAACUUCCAGGAGUGCCCCCAUGAUGACUCCCAGCCCACCCUGUCCCGCACCCAGCAGCUUACCGUGGACAGCGUGUUUGUCCUAUACAACCAGGAGGAGAGGAUCUUGCGCUACGCUCUGAGUAACUCCAUCGGUCCUGUGAGGGAUGGCUCCCCUGAUGCCCUUCAGAAUCCUUGCUACAUUGGCACCCAUGGGUGUGACACCAAUGCCGCCUGUCGCCCGGGCUCUGGGACACAGUUCACCUGCGAGUGCUCCAUUGGCUUCCGAGGAGAUGGGAGGACCUGCUACGAUAUUGAUGAAUGUUCAGAACAACCUUCAGUGUGUGGGAGCCACGCCAUCUGCAAUAACCACCCAGGAACAUUCCGCUGCGAGUGUGUGGAGGGCUAUCAGUUUUCAGAGGAGGGAACAUGUGUGGCUGUUGCGGACCAGCGCCCCAUCAACUACUGCACAAGUGGACUCCAUGACUGUGACAUACCCCAGCGUGCCCAGUGUAUCUACACCGGAGGCUCCUCCUACACCUGCUCCUGUUUGCCGGGCUUCUCUGGGGAUGGCCGAGCCUGCCGCGAUGUGGAUGAAUGCCAGUCAAGCCGAUGUCACCCCGAUGCUGUCUGCUACAAUACCCCAGGCUCCUUCACGUGCCAGUGCAAACCUGGUUAUCAGGGAGAUGGCUUCCAUUGUGUGCCUGGAGAAGUGGAGAAAACCCGAUGCCAGCAUGAGCGAGAACACAUCCUUGGGGCGCCAGGAGCGGCAGAUCCACAGCGGCCCCUGCGGCCAGGGCUGUUUGUCCCCGAGUGUGACGAGCACGGGCACUAUGUGCCCACCCAGUGCCACAGCAGCACUGGCUACUGCUGGUGCGUGGAUCGUGAUGGCCGCGAGGUGGAGGGCACCAGGACCAGGCCCGGCAUGAGGCCCCCCUGUCUGAGCACAGUGGCUCCCCCAGUUCACCUAGGACCCUCAGUUCCUACUGCCGUGAUUCCCCUGCCACCUGGAACCCACUUGCUCUUUGCCCAGACUGGCAAGAUAGAGCAUCUCCCCUUGGAGGGAAGCACCAUGAAGAAGACAGAAGCCAAGACAUUGCUCCACGUCCCGGAUAAAGUCAUCAUUGGACUGGCCUUCGACUGUGUGGAUAAGAUGGUUUACUGGACUGAUAUCAGUGAGCCUUCCAUUGGGAGAGCCAGCCUGCAUGGUGGAGAGCCAAGCACGAUCAUUCGACAAGAUCUUGGAAGCCCAGAAGGCAUUGCCCUUGACCAUCUUGGCCGCAACAUAUUCUGGACAGAUUCUCGUAUGAAUCGAAUAGAAGUGGCAAAGCUGGAUGGCACCCAGCGCCGGGUGCUGUUUGAGACAGAUUUGGUGAAUCCCAGAGGCAUCGUAACAGACUCCAUAGGAGGGAACCUUUAUUGGACAGACUGGAAUAGAGAUAGCCCCAAAAUCGAAACUUCCUACAUGGACGGUACCAACCGGCGGAUUCUUGUGCAGGAUGACCUUGGCUUGCCCAAUGGACUGACCUUCGAUGCCUACUUAUCUCAGCUCUGCUGGGUGGAUGCAGGCACCAAUCGGGUGGAAUGCCUGAAGCCCGGUCAGUCCAGCAGACGCAGGGUUCUUGAAGGGCUCCAGUAUCCUUUUGCCGUGACGAGCUAUGGGAAGAAUCUGUAUUACACAGACUGGAAGACGAAUUCUGUGAUCGCUGUAGAUCUUGCUAUUUCCAAAGAGAUGGAUUCCUUCCACCCCCACAAGCAGACCCGGCUGUAUGGUGUCACCACUGCCCUGUCCCAGUGUCCCCAAGGUCACAACUACUGCUCGGUGAACAAUGGCGGCUGCACCCACCUCUGCUUGGCCACUCCAGGAAGCAGGACCUGUCGCUGCCCUGACAACACCCUGGGAGUUGACUGUAUUGAGCGGCAGUGAAGACAAAAGUGCCUCUUUCCCUCUCCAAGUAUUUCACAGCAACAUCCUACUUGAAAGGGUCCAGACUGAAAGCUGUCUGACUUGGUGGCUGAGUGGCCACCAGGCCCAGGUCCAACUCAGCCUGCGCCCUGACAACAUUCCCUCAGAGUUCCCCAAAACAUACCCUGGGCUUCUGAAACAGAAAGUUUCGAUCCCUAAGUCCGAGCCUUAGACAAGCUCUUCUACCCCCAGUGAAGCUGCCCUCUGCCAGUCACUACUCUGGAAACAUUCCCUAACCUUAGCCCCCAGGGGUUAGCUGAGCCUCCCCAGGCCUGAGCAUGCCCCUUCUCUGUGAGCUCAGCCUUACUCUGAGACACCCCUGCCCGGGGCCCGCACUGUCGGCUCCUCACACAACAGCCAGGGCCACUUCAGCAAGGCUGCAAGUGAAGGAGGGAGUUAGCCCUCCCAUACUUUUUCUCUUGGUGCUCUCAUUUCCCCUUUUAUGCUCCCACCUUGUGACCCCCCGCGUUCUGUGCCACCUGCAUCCUGCCCACAUCAGAGUGAGCAGACCUGCCUUUAGAUCGAAGCCCACCCUGUCUUAGGGAAAAUGGGUAUUUGGUGAAUGACAAUGAGCAGAUAAAUUAUUGGCAUUUCACCAGUAGCCUUUGAUAAUCAAAAGCUUAAGUCAAAGGAGUGUUCCUUGGUUGCAAUUUCAAUGUCUAGAGUCAAAUGUUUGAGGAUGGGGAUUCUAUGAUGUGCCUUAUAUUACGCCAAAGAUUACCAAAUUAUUCCUGUUUGCCCAAAGCACUUGGAUCUCAGCAUCUGGUCUCUUGGGCAGCACAGCCCCAUGCUCGCACUGAUGUCCACUCUCCUCGUGGGGACCCAUUUGAGGCACAGCCUGGGGCUGGUACCCUUGAUGACACCCUCUCAGCCCCCCCACCUCUGGUGUCCAUUCAUCAGAGCUAAUCUACAGUCAACAUGAGCUUGCCUCUCCUUGGUCUCUCCCUCUAUUCAUGGCCCUUGCUGACUGUGUUCUCAUCCAAAGGCACAGUCCAGGAGGGCCAAAUUGAAUAUCUAUAUUAUGAUCCAGGCCCUUUAUUACUCACUGGUAUAAUGAAAGUGACCAUUGCCAAAGUUCAUCCAUACGUUUCUGUGAUUUGUUUAGAAAACAUCUCUGGACCGUAGGAAUAGCUAACAUUUUUUUUUUAUCAACUGAUUCUCACAGUAGAAAUGCUGGUUUGAAAGCUAAGCAUAAGGAGUUUGAGUUGGUAAGGUAAGGAAGCAGAGAAGACUCCGUGAGAAAUAUCGCAAGGAGAAUGCUCACCAGCAGGAAUGGAAAACCCAAGAGGCAUGGAUGGAGGAGGGUAUUUCACAAUAGCGAUAAGAAAAGCUUAUCUCCAAAGAGAUGCUUAUGCUUGAGCACAUGGAAGAAUUAGUGAGAUUUUUCUCCUUAGCAAAGAGAUUCCUCCCCUUCAAACCCCAAUAACAGCCCAGCACUCACCAGCUGCUGCCUUAGUCCUCAUCUGAUUCUGCGCACAUUGGAACCUGAAUUGGGAGAGAGACUUCCUUGAAUAAUUGUUUAUUUUGAGAGGCAAAUAUAUCCCUGAGAAUCACAAGAUUUGGGGAACAUGUGAGUCUUUUAUAUAGUCCAACCCCAUAAAUUAGUUUCACUUUCUUUUUACAGUUAUCAUUUCAUAUCAAGCCCUCUAUAUCAAAUGUUCAUCAUGAUUUAGUAUAAUUUUAUAACUAUUUUAUUCAUUUUACUAGGUUCACUCUCAAGUUUUUUAAAUGGUAAAUUCUUAAACUGUGGAAACCACUAAAGGUGCUUGUUAACUGCUGCCCAGAUGUAGACAAGUAUUGGAUGAUUUCUUGAGUUUACAGCUGUAUAAAUAUUAGUACAGAAAAUAAAAAAAAAAACCUCAUUUUGUUAAAAAAAGAUCUUCCACUAUCUUGUUUGAAUGAAGAGCUGUACUGCUGGGAGGCUGAUUCACAAUGGAAAGUCAGCCAUUUAAUAAUCUGCAAAACCUGUGGAACCCGAAUAUGGCCAACGGGUGGUCUGUUUCCCAAGCAAGUUCACGAAAGAUUUGGAGAUUAUAGGUGACUUAAAAAUUAAUUCCAUCAUAGACCCCAAAUUACUCUUUUGGAUAUUUUUUUUAUUUUUUAGAAAAAUGUGUCUGAGCCGCAGGCAGACCUGAUGGAGGUCUGAAGAUGAGGCGUGUUCCUGCCCCUAGUCAUCUCCAAAGGGAACAAAGACACUUUGCACUAGCCAUGAAGUGAGACCCCCACUCUGGUCUAAGCUGCCACCAAUGGGCAGUGCUUCCCAUACAGGCCCUUGGUGGGAUGACAAUGGGUUUCUGGCCUGUUUAGAAUGAAGAGGGCUCAGAAUGUUCUGGAAUAAGGUGCCUAGAGCUGUUAUUGUAGGGAAGAUAAUUGAUGUGUGAAACAGCAACUGAAUUGCAAAACAGUGCCAGCGGUGAAAUUGUUACAGCCUGACCAUGAGAAUUUUUUGGGGGGUGGGGGAGCUGGGGUCUUGCCAAAGAAAGGGGACAACUUAUGUUAGGGGUACAACUCCAAGUGUUUUAUUCAGGUCAUAAAGUUUAAUUGCCUAGAGGUGAUAUCAGAGAUGAAGGGGGAGCAGGGAGCUCCAGGAAUCCAUCUCUCCACCAAAACAAUGACUGAAGUGGCAGGAGCUGUCUCAGUAAACCAUUUUGGCACUUUCAGUCUAGUAAAACACUUGCGGCACCCUGGGCUUUAUGAAGUGACUGGCUAAUUUUGGUUAAUUUUAACUUUCUCCUAGCAGUGGCUUCAACUCCCCACCCACUUCCAACCCAGGGUGGUCAACUGUGGGGACAGCAGCCCACUCUCCAGAUGGGUGGGUAAGAAGGAUCUUAUUCUCCGGAGAGUGGGGUUGUGGGUUCUGAUUGUUGAUGUCAGCUUUUGUUCAUUGAGGAAACAGAACAGAGGUGAAAAUCUUCAUGACACUGGAUUCAGUAAUGGUUUCAUCGGUAUGACACCCAAAGCUCAAGCAACAAAAAGAAAAAUGGAUGAAUUGGUCUUCAUCAAAAUUAAAAACUUUGGUGCAUCCAAGCAUACCUUCAAGAGAGUAAAAAGUCAGCCAACCCAUUUAAGGGGAGAAAAUGUUUCAAAGACAAAGCAAAUGUAAGAGUGAACAUGGUCUUUCAGCAGAUACUGGAAUGAGAUUUGGAGACCAUUGGCUCAGGUUUGACACUUGGCUCCCGGCCCCAACCGCACAGAACUCUUACUGCCCAGCUGUGACUUUGAAGUCCAGCGCUGGCUGCUUCCCUUACUCCUGCUCCCUCAUCUCCUCCUCCAUCUUCCUCCUCUUCUCCUUCCUCUUCAUUUUACAAGGACAGGUUUAUUAGAAAAAGGAGAAAGAAAAAAGAGAGAUACCUGCAUUGACACAGAUGGGCAUUCUUAGAAGAGCGGUUACCCCCUCUUCCUGAGCCCAGAUGUGGGGCACUGCUUAAAGCUGCAGUGCAAAGGAUCAGAGUCCCUAACUACAGGGAAGGGCCUCGACAAGGAUAAACAGCACAUAAUUAAAAGAUGGAAAGGCUGGAAAAAAGGUGCUUUGAAUGACAUCCUUCUUGCUUUUGAACCAUGCAGCUGGGGAUAAAUAGCCCAGAUUACAGCCUGAGAGCACUCCAGCUCCUGGGCUUCAAGGUUUUACUCUGUGGCAGUUGUUCCCAAAGGCAGUUCCAUAGGAGACCACUAGAGGGCAGGAAAAACCCAUUAAUGCCUCUUGGGGUUGGUGGGCAGGAGUUGGAGGCUACCCAGGCCUGGAGUGUUCAGACUUUGCUAUCAUCCCGCUCAAGAAUUUUCUUAACGGGCCUCCCCGGUGGCGCAGCGGUUGAGCACUGGGUUGCGAAGCUGCCCGCGGCCUCUGCGGUGCUGGUUCG